AUGGUGUCCAUUCCGUUGUCUAAAACAUUUAAAGUAUUAGAGCCAAGAGCUUUACCAAAGUUAGUGACAACUACUUCGUCGUCAACCUCAACUUCAACGUCACCGUCAACGUCCCAAGAGUCGACGUCAACUCACAGUGGUUCAAACUCGGCAAUUACUACAACCUCACCUAGUCCUUCCAUCACUUCAUCUUCACCUUCAUCCUCCACAACAACAGUAAUCCCUACAAUUACUCCGCCAUCCAUUAAUGAUAACCCAUAUAUCACGAACGAUGAUAAGUACGUACAAAGUACAGUAUUCAUAGCGGUAGGUGUUAUAGUUGGGUUCAUCUUCUUCUUAUAUUUGGCUCUGUGGGCAAUAACAAGUUACCUAAAUUAUAGAACUGCUAAGAAAUCAACUUCCUAUGAUAGUUUAUUAGCAUCAUCAAAUGGUUAUAACACACCUUUAAUGAUUCACAAGAUUGAAAGUAAUGACUCAGAUUAUUAUUCUGAUAAAACUAAUGAGAGGAAAAAUUCUUUUAAUGAAGAAAGAAACUCUAUUAGUCCUAAAACUAAUCAAGGCCUAUUUAACAACGUUAAUAGUAACUUAUCUUCCCUCAACAUGCCUGGUGCAAACCCUGUAACAGAUAAUUAUUGCAAUAGUACAACUGAAGUGAAUAACAAUCUUAAUCACAUUUCAAACAGUGCUAUUACAGUCGCUAAUUCUACUACCAUUACUAAUACUACUCCAGGUAGUAAUACUACUACAGGUACUAAUACCCCGCCAACUAACUUUAGACAUUCAUUAUUUAUAUCACCAACAGCGAGGGUAAUUGAACAACAACAAAAACACAACAGACUCUCUGAAUUUUAUCAAGAUACAUCAAAUACAAUGAACACUUCAGAAGCGUCCAUUAUAACGGAGAGUGUAAUCACUGAUUUAAAUAAACCCGAUCUUAUAAAUAUUACUCCGGAUAGAAGGAAAAGAAAUUCUUUACUUUCUACUUUUUCAAGUCCAUCAUUAUCGGGCCAAUAUCUUCAAUCACCACCACAUUUGUAUUCGGAAAGAAGUAGAUUGUCUGUAUCAAGUAUGGCACCUUUAAAUAUACAAAGAUUGAAAGGCAGAAAUUCAACUAACACGGGUUCCAGGAAAUUGACUCCUUCGAUGGUUUUAGAUAAUUUAUUGGGCGAAGAAGAUAAUGAUACUGAUUCACAUAAAGAAUCCAACUGA